AUGUUUUGGACAGUAAGCCAACGUAAUCUAAUUUCCAAUGAGCAUGUUUCCCCCUUGGAUUUAGCUCCAUCACCAAAAAUAAACAGUCCUGGUGUCGCGUUAUUAACAGGCGGCGAUUUCGAUUCACCCACUAUCAGUCAUUUUGAAAAAUUCCAAGCUGAUACAGUUCCAGCAUCACAAUCGGUUCCGAUGAAUAAAUUCCAGUUCACAGAGAGUUCAGAUCUUUUUAAAUCAAAUGACUCCGGAACCGAUGUAAACGCCUAUUCCAAUUGUUCCACACCUGUAUCUGAAAAUAAAACAAAGGCCCAAAAUAAUAAUAAUAAUACGGACAAAAUAAUCGAUGUUUCUUCUUCAAAUGAUAAUUCUGUCGAAAAUUUUACCAAAUGUAAUCCAAUUGAAAUUGUUCGUGAUCCCUUGUCGAAACCAGCUGCUAUUAAAGCAGAUAACUACAACCUUGAAGUUACUCCGGAAACAAAAUUAUCUUUUGAUAUGAGCUCUAAAUUGAAGGAUUAUUCACAAUGCAAAUUACGCUUGUCAUCAAGACCUGGAGUAUCAGAAAUUCAUUGGGGACUAACAAUAAAAGCACAAGGUCCUUCAAAUACUUCUCCUUUUUUUAUUGAACGCGUUAAAAUUGGUAGUUCAGCAGAUAUCUGUGAAUUUCAGAAAGGUGAUAUAUUAGCUUCUAUUGAUGGCGUAAACUUGGGUAUAAGCCGAAAGAACACUGACAGUAUCAGUAAUCAAAUUACGAAGUUAGGAGAUCUAGAAAACCUGCUGGCUCAGUUAGUUUUGGCUAACAAACCGAUUACUGUUCAAGUCUUCAGAAAAACGGAUGAACUGGAUGAACUCAACGACGGAGAAUCAGAUACAGGUGGAGAUUUUUCUGUCGAAUCAUCAAUCAUGAAAUCCCAACGCACAUUAAGUAACAUCAGUGAUUCCGAUAGUAAAUGCCAUGAGGUACUUGUUUCUCCAGUUACCGUAGUUCCCCAUAAAACUUCUCAUGAUGACACCUCAAUGUUAGGAAGAUCUAUCACAAUUACACAUUCACUUCAUAGGUCACCGUCCCAAAGCUCAAUUCAAAUUUCCGAUGAUGAAGUUAACAAUUCAUCUGUGUCAACUAACUCCGAAGGAAAAGAAUACAACUAUCUGAAAGGAAACUUUAACCAUUCAACCGAAUCAAUCAGUACGAUUAAUAAGAAUGAGAUUUGUUCACCAUUGAAAUCAUAUCAAGAUAAAUCUAAAAAUGGAAAAGUUGAAAUCCACUCAUCAAAUACACUAACUCCAUCAGAUUUAACGAAUCGCAAUAAUACUUCAUAUCGUAAACAAGAUGUAGAAGUAACGUCGAUGGAACCUGUUUCUUUCACAUUGACCACUGGAUCCACACUGUCUUCAUGCAUUCAAGUGACAGAACCACCGUUUUCUGUUUUGGAAGAUAUUAAGCCGACUGAUUUUAUGAACGAGAAAACACGUCCAAGAAACUUCACUGUGAAUAAAUCACACGGACAAGAAGCAAGAUUUGCUCGAAAUGUUGUUGGAGAUUCUGCUCCGCCAACAUCUACAGUUUCAAAUGAAACAACUCCACAUCCUUCGUCAUUACACAAAAUAAGACAUUUAUCACAACAGCGAACAUUCCAUAUUCAUCCUAAGCUGCCUGAAACAUGGGAUGGUAUCCCCUCUCAUGAGUCUGGUAUUCGAGCUUUAUCCCCUCCAAACUACAAGCAGAACUCAGUGUCCGAUGCCUUUCUACAAUCCUACCUUCUACAUAAUACAGAUUUGUCUCAAUCAAAACAAACAGAUUCUUUCCGACCCCACGUUCCUCCACGGCCUAUUCCAAAAGCACCUUGUACGGCAUCACAACCUAGUGGAUUCGAAUUCCAGUCACAUCAGUCCAUCUUGAAUUCAGGUAACCAAAUUAUUCCAACAAAGUCUAGUUUGUCUUCUGAUACAACAAAAAACAAGUUCACAUGUGACUUAGAAUCUGAUAUUUAUGUCAACACUUCGAACAUGUCAUCUUCACCACGACCUGCUGCAUCUAUACCAAUGACUAAAACAAGACAGCUACCUCAAGAUUCGCUAAACGGUGAUAAGCAGAGUGUCACUGAAGUCGUUAAUGACAACAGUUUUGAAAGAUCAUCUGUCAAAUAUGGUUUAAGUUCUUGUAAUGAAACUAAAAAUUCUAUACUACCAACACCACCUCAAAUUUGCGAAAACUUGGAGGCUGAAGUACCACCUAUUCCCCCUCGAACGCCACGCGUGCGGAUAGUUGAUAUUGAUCAGUUAUGCGCAGCAUGCAACGCCAAACUAGAUUCCGAGGACUCAAUGGUUAUCGAAUCUUUAAAUCUAUACUAUCAUUUACCAUGUUUUGUAUGUGCAAGAUGUGGAAUUGCGCUAGGAGAUGGUCUAUCAGAUGUUGAAGUUCGUGUUCGACGUAACUUGCUUUACUGUUCAAAUUGUUAUUCUAAAACACUCACCGUAUCAAACUAUAACAAGAACGAAUUUCGUCCAAAGACACAAAGUGUGCAAUCCAACUCUCAACCAACAAAACCACCUAGACCUACCGAUAAACGACACCGAAACGGUUCAGAACAACAGUUACCCCAUAAUUUUAAUAAACACCAUAUUCAAUAAACUGCCUUCGUUUUUCCCUUGUUUUCACAAAACGAACACAAUCUUACAAUAUUAUGCACUAUGAUUGACAAUUGGAGCUUAAUAACUGUCAUUUCGAUGGGUUCAAACCGAAAAUUUAGAUCACUAAGUGGCUUCGUAAGAUUAUUCCCACUCAUUUAUAGAUUUGAGCUAUGAUCUGCACUUUUAUCGUUCAUAAAAAAUGAAGCUAUAAUUUUGUAUGCAUACUUUUUUUGCUUAACAAAAUUCUCUUAUUUUGUUACUAUUGCUUUUACGAAUGAUUUGUUAGCUAUCCUAUAGAAGAUUAUAUAUAUAUAUAACACUUAAGUUUUUCUAAUUGCGACUGUCAAUAUUCACAGUUAUGUACAAUCCUUUUAAAAAU